UGCUUCCAAUGAUGAAUCACUUCCGUUACUUUUAACUUUGACCCUUCAUAUGAUCCAAAAUGGCGGCCCCCUUGAGAAGCAUUGGAAGACUCUUCUGUCGGACUAACAUUGUGUAUCAAAGUUUACGAGAGGUUCGGGGAGGACAUGUUAUGUUACCUGUCAUAAGGCACCAAGAUGGAAGUCCUUGUGUGCAGGUUAAUCGGUCAUUUUGUACCCCAGCAUCAUCUGAUAACGACGUUGCAGCAACUCUUGAUGCUUUGUCCCGGUACAAAGACAGACCCUGGGAUUAUUUGGAGAGCGAAGAGUACAUUGAACGCUACGGAUCAAAACCAGUGUGGGUCGAUUACAGGAGGAACCAUAAAGGGGGGAUUCCGCCUCAGAAAACACGUAGAACCUGUAUUAGAGGAGAUAAAAUUUGCGGCAAUCCCUGUCCCAUCUGCAGAGAUCCAAAUGUCAUCAUUCAUCACCAGAAUGUGAAGUUGUUGCAGCAGUUUGUUAGUCCUUACACAGGUUUGGUCUUGGAUCCCACAAGAACAGGUGUGUGCAUGAAACAACAGAAACAUCUUAACCAGGCAAUAGAGACCGCUAGGGACCAUGGUUUGAUGCCUGUACAGGUACCUCAUGUGGAUUUCUCAGGGGAGGACUACUCCAAUUCCCAUGCAGCAGUGGGAAAAACACCACCUUCCUCUGCUGUAAAGGCUGGUGAACCUUGGUAUCACUGGUAUGAAACCAUGAUUCCAGAUGAACGGGAAUUGGCACGGGUAAAGAAGAUAUACAAACCCUACCUGAAACAAUAGUGUGUAUUUGUGGGGAUACAAAGGCAUAGGCCCAAUAAUGGGUGGCUUUCACUGUUAAUGUCUUGUCUAAUGCCUGCACUUGUGGUGUCAUUAUAGAAAACAUUAUUGAAAAGUAUAUUAUGAAAGUCAUUAUUUGUCUAUCCCUCAUUAGUGUUGAAUCAAUCCCCGUCAUGCCCUGUUGAUCACUGAGGUGUAACAGUUUAUUUUGUUUGUUCAAGUCAUGUCAAAUCUUCCUGAAGCUUUUUUUUUUUUUUAAAUAACUUCUGUCCAUUAAGUAAAUGCUAAUUUAAUAAAAACACAAGUGGAUAAUGUGA